AUGGCCGAUAAGUAUGUGCCGACUUACCAGGUCAAUUAUCCCGACGGCGCAAAAUUCCUCACAAUCGGUGGCUCUGGUCUUAUCUACAUAUUUCCUAGUAAUGCGGCUGAAGUUCUCAAGGUACCGUCUACAAAUCCAAGGACCAGACACAAUCACGCAAUCGAGAGGCGCAUUUAUGAACGGCUAGGAACUCACCCGAAUAUCAUCAAGUGUCUCCGUAUGGACGACUAUGGGAUCUAUCUGGAGCGAGCAGAACAUGGCUGUAUUCGCCAAUACUUUCUGGAUGGCGGGACUGCGACCUUACGAGAACGCAUUCAGUGGUCUCUAGAUAUUGCGAAUGCUCUCCAAUAUGUCCACGAGCACAAUAUCAGACAUGCCGACUUGAGCGGAAGAAAUGUACUUCUAGAUUCGUCUAGAAAAGUACGACUUUGCGAUUUUGCAGGCUCUGCAAUUGACGACGAUAAGGCUACAGUUUGGGCUGAGUCAGGAUUCCGGCAUCCGGAUGACGACGAGGUUAAGCACUCUACCAUCCGAGCAGAGCUCCACGCUCUAGGCUCGACAAUUUAUGAACUCUGCACCUUCUCACAGCCACAUGGCCGUGAGGUGGAAGAGUGGAUUGUUGGUCAGUGGAUUCGGGAGGGUAAAUAUCCCAGCGUUAAGGAGGUUAUCCUCGGAGACAUAAUUAUGAAGUGCUGGAACGGAGGCUUUGCGUCUGCAAAGGAGGUUGCACAGAGCAUUAAGCAGGAAUCCGGGAAUAUAUUUGCUAGGUAA